ACGAGGAAGAGGAGGAAGAGGAGGAAGAGAAGGAGGAGGGCGGAAGAUUGUUAACCGCAGAACAGCUCCGUCUCUGCAUCUCUCGACUUCGGCUUGCGAAUGAAGAGGGUCCGGCAACAGACGAGGAGGAGGUCGAGUCCUUCAGCGGCGAGUCAUUUGAAGAGGUCGGAUUUGAGUCUGUGGACGACUCAUGGGAUUGGAGUGCAGAGCCAUCCACGCCAGGGUCGAUGGACUCGUUGCUGUCAGGAACACCGCCUUCGCCCACCUGGGUGAUGUGUGCCUCGAAUCAGAAUCGGAAUCCUCACAGCAACCAAGCACGCCCUUGUCAGCAGGAACUAAAAAUCCCUGUGCAAGUUUGGGCCCACAUCUGCUCGUAUCUGUACCCAUCACAGCUGGCGCAGCUCUCUCUGGUCAACAGAACAGCGUAUGAGAUAGUGGCGGGGCUGGAGACGUGGUCCAAGUGGUACAGGCGCUUGAGCGGGAAGGCCGAGAAGCUAGCAAGGCAGACGGAGCCCAUGGAGCUUCUUCCAGGACUUCCAGAGUCACGCAGUUACAUGCUGUACAUGUGUGCGAUCAGCUUUCAGGUCUGUGAGGGAUGUUUCCGACGAUGCGACGGGAGACGUAUUCGAGGAAGACUUGCUCUCAUGCCCCUGCCGGUGGUGCUAUCCAAUGGCGAUGGCGAAGGUGGGAGUGGGAACGAAAGAGAAAGGGGCGAAGGUGGCGAGCUUUGGACCGUUCGGCUGUGUAAGCACUGUCGGGUGAUGCACUAUGAGAAGCACCCAGAGGCGAUUCCACAAGAGCUCACCACAAAGUUUCUGACGAGACGAGAGAUCAAAGCGCAGUAUCAUUUGGGCAAGAGCGAGAUUAAGGCUAUCAAGGUCCGAAGCCAUGGCGAGCGAAGCAUGUGCAUGCCUGUGACCUACUCGGAGGCGGAGGCGCUGAAGACGGCGAGGGUCGUGUUUGGAGGCGAUGUAGGCAGACAGGCUGUGCCGAGAUCGCUCUGCAGGCCGAUGGCGAAGGUGCACCACAGGGUGUACAUGUAUAACCUGCGACGACGCACUCUGGAGGCCGGAGGUGAAUGGUUUAGGUGUCAGGACUACAAGGCGCGCAAGGCAGCAGGGCUGUUGGACUAAGACCGAGUUUUGUUGGCUGAAAUGGAUUUCCCCGGUGGUGGGGACGCGGUGAGAGAGAGAGCAAUUUAAACAGCCGACAGGGUUUAUUUUUGUUUGCUGUGCGACCCAUCUGUUUCCUUUGGCUUUUGUCCAGUGGGCAGAUAGAUAAAUAAAUGGCUGCUUAUCAUCCUUCGCUCUGGAGACAAUUUGGUUGAUAGUGGCGAAGUUUCGGCAUAGGCGG